AUGACCUCCCGCGCCGGCCGCAGCUCUUCCAUGAGCCAGGGCUCCAUCCCGAACGGCAAGGCCUGUCGAUUCUGCGCCCGCGAGUUUGCCAAAACCGAGCACCUGAUCCGGCACGAGCGCUGCCAUACCAAAGAGCGACCCUUCCAGUGCAGCAUCUGCGGCAAGAACUAUAGUCGAAAUGACACCUUGAUCCGCCAUCGCAGAACCCACGGCAACAACACCACCACCGUGCCCCCCGAUGUCUUCAGCAGCAAUGAUGCCGCGACAACCUCCGACGGCCUGGAUGUCCCGGAUACGCCCCAGAGAGAGAGAGCCACACCCAACAACUUGAGCCGGACCUCGACCUCCACGACCUCGACCUCCCAUGUAUCCCUAUCCACUCCCCAUCUUCAUCCUCACCCUCAACCUCACCCUCACCCUCAUCAAGGACAUGCCCCCGUGGCCUCCAUGACAGACACCGACUACCAGAGUCCUCCCAUCUUUGACGGCCGGGCGCUGGACUUCGAGUCUCUGGAGAACCAGAUGUUCGGCCAUGACAUGGUCUACCCCGUUUCCGACCUGGUCCCUGGUGGGUAUCACAACGAAAAUGGCACUGGCAGUGGCAGUGGCAUGGACAGCAUCAAUAUCAACAUCACGGGAAUGCCUCAGAUAGACCCCGGUCUCGGUGGAGCCGAGAACCAGCUGCUGGACGGCAGCGCCAACUUGAACCUCUCCAGCUCUUUUCUUGAUCCGGCCUUGAGUCAGUACCCUCAGCAUGCAAGCAUGGACGGCUUCCCUCCCAUAGGCCUGAGCCAUAUGCCAUAUGUGCCUCCGCAAGUCGAACAAUUUCAGUCCUGGCUGGUCACCCCGGACUUUGAUUUGGCAGCUUUCAACAAAUUGUUCGUUCCACCGACGGCCGCUGAGUUCCUAGGGGUGAAGAGUCCUCCCAUUCCUCACCAGUGGAAAGACCACGAGAUGCCUAGUCCUGAGAUCAGUGGAAGUAUGGUUUCUCUGCGAGAGCACUGGGACAGAGACCUGCUACCGAGUAUCGAUGUCUUGAACAUCGCCAUUCAACUCUUCUUCACGGGGUUCAACCCUAUCUUCCCCAUCUUCCAUGCACCGACCUUCCGUUCCAGUGAUCGGAGUGAGCACAGUGAGCUCUUGCUGCUUUCCAUAUGCUCCAUCGGAACGCUGUUCAUGGGCUCUGAUGGCACGACUUUACAGGCGGCGAAGAUGUUUGAGACGGUGCAUCAGCACAUCGAAGGAGCUUGGGAACAAAUCCUCAACAAGCCAAUGACAGAACGAAAAUCCUUCAUCCAAGCUGGCUUGAUCAGCCAAGUCUUUGCCUACCUUUCGGGUAAUCCCAAAUACGUGGCCCUCGUUAAGAACAUGAAUAUGAAAUUGAUAGAUCUUGCUCGGCGCUGUGAGCUUCUUGAUAAUGUUCGUUCUCUCCCGUUGCUAGAGAAGAGGACUACGCCGGAGCUCGAUGGGGCUUGGGAAUCUUGGGCCAGAGCUGAAGAAGUAACCGCUCUUGCUCUCUACAUCUUAGAUGCCCAAUUCGCCAGCACAUUCCACACUCCUCCCGUUCUCCAACACAACGAAUCCCGGCUCCCGGUCGCCUCAAAUGACGAGCUCUUCGCCGCCGCAACUCCAACUCGCUGGGCACACCUCGUCCGUCUCUCCCCAGAACCGAGCAGAAUCACUUCUCAUCUGCAUAUCAACCAGCCAGCCCACAACUGCACGACACCCCUCUCGAAGGAACUAACAUGCAAGGACAGCCGGCUCUCUGCCUCCCUCAUCCUGCACAGCAUCUCCGCUUCAGUUCAAGACUCCAAGGCCGCCAACUCUCUCACACCGCAAGCUAAGCACGCCUACGAGGAGUCCCUCAUCUGCUGGUACCACGCCUACGAGGAAACCCGCACCACGCAAGACGCCGACCCACUAUGCCUCAUGAUCCUCUACCAUGAGAUCUUCAUGACUCUUCUCGUCGACUUCCGCCAGCUCGAGGCCGCCAUCGCCAACGAACCCAAUCCGAACUCGGCGCAGGCAAUCGAAUACGCGCGCUCUUGGGCGACCAGCAAGGCUGCCAAGCGCUGCAUCAUCCACGCCUCGCUUAUCCACCGCCAAGCAGAAGGCAUCCGCUACGAUGCCGAGCCUGCUCUCCACGUCCCGCGCAGCAUGUUUAUGGCAGCAAGAGCGUGGUAUUGCUACAUUCAUUUCGACAGCUCGGACGUCGCGCCGCCGCCGCCGCUGAUACUCGAUAACGAGGUUGAUCUGCCGGAGAUCAAGAUGUUCAACGUGGAUCCGCUCCAGUAUCUACCUGGAGCCAAUGGGUAUGGCACCGCCAAACCGGCGAUGAGUGAGGCUGCCACGCUGGUGCGACUGACCGAUCUACUGGAGCAGGUGGGCCAUUGGGGUAUUUCGAGACGGUUUGCGUUUAUUCUGCGGGGGCUGAUCUACGGGGAGCAGCAUCAGCAACAGGGGGCUGAUGGCUCAGGGUGA